AUGGCUGGCCUACCACCCAACUACAACUUCACCAAUCAAUACGACACGCAGCUCCAGGCUUCAAUAUCGCAGAUGCAGCAGCAUCAACAGCAGCAGUUGCAACAGCAGCAGCAACAACAACUCCAACAGCCGCUAUUCCAGCACUCCCAGACUCAAAUGCAGCAUAUCCAACAUCAGCAGCUUCAGCAGCAGCAGACACACCAGACGCACCAGCAACAGCAGGCCCAGUUGAUACAGCAGCUACACCAAGAAGCUCGAGAUCGGCGCGAGAGGAUUCGCAGCAAGCCGUUUCCCACCACCGUGACUCAAUCGGUGCGUGACCGCCAAGCUCGUGGCAAGGACGUCUACAGGAGCAGCGAGGACGAGAAGACGGACGAGGAGGAAGACGCGCAUGAGGAAGAAGCACGACGCCACCAGCGACAACACCGGGAGAGACAGCCUAUUUUGAGAAAAGGCAAUCGUAAUAGUCUCGAAAGCGUCCCUGAUGACGAAUCUGAUGAUGGCAAUGGUGGAAGAGAUACCGACAAUGAAGCUGAUAUCCUGCGGUGUUGCAGAGCAGAGGAUUUCGAGACGCGCCAGCGGAGGGCGUUUGCCGCGUCGGUGUUGGAUCGUCCGGAGCAGUUGAUGAUGUAUGCCCAGAGCGAACACGACAGUAUUGCUGGUCAGCGUCAUCGCUUUAUGACUAUAAUGUGUGGCUACGAGGAGGAUGAGUACUGGUCCAACGUUGGGCACCACCGAGCGACCAGGAGGGCGGCGCGGGAGAGGCAGGCGAAUGUGCGAAAGGCUAUGAACAUUGAUCGCAGAACGGCCUAA